UAAACUAUGCUGACAGUGGUUGGACAUCAUGGGUGCUGUUUUGACCAGAUUGUUCUGUUCUUCCGUUAAAGUCAACAAUCAGCGUUAUUAUGAGGUAAAGAAAAUAGGGGAAGGAGGCUACUCAUUUGUUUAUCUUGUUAAGGACGAACAAGGCGCUUUGUUUGCAUUGAAGAAGAUUUCUAUCGAAUUGCAAGAGCAUCAAGAGUUUGUCAGAGAUGAAAUACUUUCGCAUCUUUCCUUAAAAGGGAGGCGAGGAGUGCUGCAGCUUGUUAGCUACGAAAUAAAACCGUUGAUUCCUGGAAGAAGUCAAGGUCUUCUUGUUUUUCCAUUCUACAGUAGAGGAACCGUGCAAGAAUUUGUAGAUAGAUGUCCAAGUGUUGGUUUACCGGUUACUGAAAAGCUGAUUCUACGAUGGUCUGUUUCUUUGUGUCACGCAGUUGCCGCUUUUCAUGGCCAUAACCCUCCUCUUGCUCACAGAGAUAUUAAGCCUCAAAAUCUUCUGCUAACUGAUGAUUUACAAGAAGUUGUUCUUAUGGAUUUAGGUAGCGUAAGCUCUGCUCUAAAACAGAUCAGGUCUACUCGUGAGGCACUGCAGCUAGAAGAAAAGUGUUCUGUACUCUGUUCUGCACCAUACAAAGCACCAGAGCUGUUUGCUGUCAGUGCUUGGUGUGACAUCACUGAGAAAACGGACAUCUGGUCUUUGGGAUGUACCAUAUAUGCUAUGGCGUUUGGCCAGAGUCCUUGUGAUGGAUCAGCAACAUCUGCCUGUUGUGGAUCUGUUCGUUUUCCAUCCCUGCACAGCUAUAGUGAAGAAUUUGUUGAUUUCAUCAGAUGGAUCCUUGCUAUCAAACCUGAGCAUCGACCUUCAGUUGGCCAGAUUAUUGAUCAUAUACAUACAAUGGCUAGUUUUUCAGAUGAGAUCAUUGCUGAGAAUCUUACCUAAUGGCAAUUUGUGACAGAGUGUGAACUAUGUAGUCAGUGCCUCUAAUUUAGAGGCAUUAUGUGUUAACUUCAUUAAAACAAUCAUUACUUUAAUGUAAAUGAAAAAUUUGAAAUGUCUUAGUUGCAAGAAAACUCAGAUUUCUGUUUAUUAACUUGUGGAAUUUCUGGCAUGUAACACAGUUUGUGAUCUUCAUGAACCUUGCAAAGUUUAGUUCAUAGCUAGUCUACGUUCUUCAGCCAAAGAUGUAAUACUUUGUGACUGUCAAGACCAGUUAGAUUGUGCAAUGUUGUUGUUGUUGUUGUUGUUGUUGUUGCAUGUGCGUGUGUGUGAUGUGAUUGAAUUUAGCAUCCCCAAGACCAAGUACAUGGUAACAGGAAGAUUGAGGAAAAUGAUUGUGUCUGUUGUGCUCGAGGGAGGAGACAUUGAGAUGGUAGAUGAGUUUUCUUAUCUUGGGUCUCAGUCUGUCAUUACCAGUUCUGGGCAAAUGACUGCAGUGCAGAGGUAGACAAAAGGGUGGCUCAAGUGUCAAGGGCUUUUGGGGAUUUGAGAACAGGCUAUAUUUAUUGGCAAACAACGAGAAAAUCUACAAUGCAUAUGUUAAGUCAGUAUUGCUUUGCGGAGCAGAAUGUUAGGUCCUUCUCAGAAAGCAAGAGAAGAAGUUGAACACCUUUCACUAUUGAUCCAUUAGAAGUAUCUUGGGCAUUCUAACAGGCAACAGUUGUCUGAGCACGUCACAAUGACAGAAGUGAGGAGGAGGCAGGAAAGAUGAGGAGACUGCAUCUGGGAAGUCAAGAAGAAAGGGCUUAAAUGGUUGGGACACCUAGCAAAGAUGCCAGACCAUAUAUAUGAAUAUUGAAAUCUACCUUAUUUGAAUGGUUGCCUCAACCUUGCCCCAGAUGUGGUCCAAAGAAGAGAUGGAGAGAUGGGAAGAAACUUUAAAGACAUUGAAGUAUCAGAGGAGGAAUGCUAUGACGAGGCUGUAAGAGUAGGAUGGAGUGCAUUAUGUCGUGAUGGUUUUGAACGUUGGAGAGAAAGACUGGGAACCAUGAGAAGACAAGAGUGAUAAGGCGAGACACAAUUGUAUGCAGCCAGAAAGAAUAUCUAUAAGUGAACAACAAGGUGUGGAGUCGUAUCUCUAUAUGCUUACAGAAAGAGAAUUCGAACAUUUUGAAGGAGAAAGUUUCAUCCGUAUUUGGAAAAGGAAAGAAAGAUCCAAACUCUACUAGUUCUUCUAUUGUUCGCUGUUGUAACAUAGAUUCAUUGUAAUUGUUGUACGUUGGUAGUUUAAUUAAGGUUUGCUGCAUCAUACUUUUUCUUUGAAGAAGUGUUUUCAUGGAGAUUGUGUGUUUGUGUUUUCAUGUGGAAGUAUUAAUAUAUAAGUAACAC